CAGGCUCAAGCAGCCUGGGACGGCUCUCGAUUCGGUGUCAACAGACGGCUUACACUGCAGGAAUGGAUGUCGACACGACUUCUAGGGUUUCAGUCGCACCAAUCUGACCUUUUUCAAAAUUCUUCCACUGGCACAAGCACACAGAGCAGCAUUGCAUCCUGAUUUGAGGGCAAGAAGCAACAAAGCAAGCAGCAUGGCGUGCUCGCAUUGUGCCGCACCAUGGAGGGCAUCCUUGCCCUCGGCUGUCUCGUCUGAGCUGCUCAAUAGCAGCAGGACACGGAGGUGCAGAGCAUACACCUCAGCGCCUCUUAGACAGAGCUUCUCAGAUUUGCUAGGACCAGGGACCGGGGUGGUGGCGCCGCAACAAGACCGGAGGAGGUUAGUUGUAUUAGCCGCUAAGAAAAAAGGGGCCCCUGUGAACAAGGCCGCUGCCGCCAAGAAGGAGAAAGAGGCGGCUGAGGCAGCAGCGGCUGCGGCGAAAAAUGCAGCCCCAUACACGAAUCCGGACGUCUUCAUGCAUUCCCUCCUGCUCAUCGACAGUUACCGACGAGCUACAGGAAAGCCCCUCUUCACAGACCUCGAGUUGCCAGACUCAGGGCGGGCGCUGUUUGAGGCGCCGUUUGUGUGCAUGAGUCAUGAUGGCGAAGAGGACCCCGUGUUCGAUUAUGGGAACAAAGCGGCACUCGAGCUUUUCGAGAUGACCUGGGAUGAGUUCACGAAGAUGCCAAGUCGGAAAUCCGCUGCUUCAGAUGCCCCAGAACAGGAAGGUCGGAACCAGCUGCUAGCAGAAGCUCUUGAAAAGGGUGCAAUCGAGCUUCACGAUGCACAGCGGUACACAUCCACGGGCAAGCCGUUCAUCAUCCAAAAGGGCGUCCUCUGGACCAUAACCAACCUUGAAGGCGAACGCCUGGGACAGGCCGCCGUCUGCACAGAGAUCGAGCACCCCGCGGCCAGUGCUUCGGCUGAUAGCAAGCAGACGCUGCCCACGGCGCAAGCGUUGGAUGGGACGACAUCGAAUGGGCCAACAGUAGUUUCUUGAGCUAGGUUUGAAGUGAACGCGGCUCGUCUACUAUUAUGCUAAGGUAGACUGUUUCUGCUACGUGUAUGGAUACUGAGGCACGCAAUAGAUUGCACGAUUUGCACUGAGAUUUUGUUACAUGCCCGCACUUCGAUUGUCUUUGAGUGUAAAUAUUGGUUCAAGGCCGGUCAUCAUACCACCGUGUACGCAUCGCCGGAUCCCCAGGCUGAUCGGCA